UGAAAUAUUUUACUUAUCAUAAAAAGUUGAGAAUGAACCAUAACUGUGUUAAUGUUUUUUUAAGAAUAUAAAUAACAAACUCAAAGAUCAUUCUUGUCCAUUUAAAGUUUUAAUAUGCUGAUUCACGCAACAGAAUUAUAAAAUAAAAUUUCGUUCAAAGUUACUAUAACAGUCUUUGUACUGUAAUUAGCAAAAGUUCUUUUCACGUCAAUAAACUAAGGUUCAUACAAAAUUUGAGACUGAAUUGGAACUAAAUUAAGACUUUCCAAAAUGUUGUUCCUAAAUAAAACGAUGAAAACGCUGUCAAAAAAUCAUGUAUUUAAGAAAUCUCUGAAAAUUUAUAAUAAAAACUUCCGAACUUAUGCUGAAUAUAAGCCUAUUCGCAGUAUUCUUGUGGCUAAUAGAGGAGAAAUCGCCAUACGAGUUUUCCGAGCAUGUACAGAAUUGGGAAUAAGAUCAGUUGCCAUUUACUCAGAGCAAGACAAAAUGCAAAUGCAUCGUCAAAAAGCAGACGAAAGUUACAUGGUCGGACGAGGAUUACCACCUGUACAAGCUUAUCUUAGUAUACCAGAAAUUAUCAAAAUUGCCAAAGAAAAUGAUAUAGAUGCUAUUCAUCCUGGAUAUGGAUUUUUAUCAGAAAGAGCUGAUUUCGCACAAGCUGUUAUUGAUUCAGGUAUUCGAUUUAUUGGUCCAGACCCUGAUGUCGUUCAUCGAAUGGGUGACAAGGUUGCUGCAAGAGAAGCUGCAAUUGCUUCAAACGUCCAAAUUGUUCCUGGCACUGAUGGGCCCGUAACGACGUCUGAUGAAGCAAUGGAGUUUUGUUCAAAGCACGGUUUACCUGUUAUAUUCAAAGCUGCUUAUGGUGGAGGAGGCAGAGGAAUGCGUGUGGUUAGAAAAAUGCAGGAAGUUCGUGAAAUGUUUGAUCGAGCAUCAUCAGAGGCUAAAUUUGCAUUUGGAAAUGGAGCAAUGUUCAUAGAAAAAUUUAUAGAACGUCCACGACAUAUUGAGGUGCAACUUUUAGGAGAUAAAGUCGGAAACGUCAUUCACUUAUACGAGCGUGAUUGUUCUGUUCAACGACGUCAUCAAAAGGUUGUUGAAAUAGCACCAGCUCCCAGUUUGGAUACAAAUAUACGCAAAAAAAUGACAGAUUGUGCUGUCAAAUUAGCGAAACAUGUAAAAUACUCUAAUGCUGGAACCGUUGAAUUUUUAGUUGAUGAAGAAGGUAAUUUUUACUUUAUUGAAGUCAAUGCUAGAUUACAAGUAGAACAUACAGUCACCGAAGAAAUCACUGGAAUUGAUCUUGUUCAGUCUCAAAUACGAAUUGCUGAAGGUUUAACUCUACCUGAACUUGGUAUGACUCAAGAUAAAAUAGUACCGAGAGGUUAUGCAAUUCAAUGUCGCAUUACAACUGAAGAUCCAUCGAAACAAUUUCAGCCCGACAGUGGUCGUAUUGAAGUUUUUCGUUCAGGAGAAGGAAUGGGAAUUAGGCUUGAUGGAGCUUCAGCUUAUGCUGGUGCAACUAUAUCGCCAUAUUAUGAUUCUCUUUUAGUCAAGGUUAUUGCUCAUGCUGCCGAUUUACCUUCAUGUUGCUCGAAAAUGAAUAGAGCACUUCGAGAGUUUCGAGUACGAGGAGUCAAAACAAAUAUUCCAUUUUUAUUAAAUGUUUUGGAAGAUCAAAAAUUCGUCAAUGGAAUUGUAGAUACUAGCUUCAUAGAUGAAAAUCCACAACUCUUUCAAUUUCAGCAAAGUCAAAAUAGAGCACAAAAAUUAUUAAAUUAUUUGGGGACGGUUCUUGUAAAUGGACCUACUACUCCUUUGGCUACGAACCUUAAACCAGCUGAUAUUCAACCUCACAUACCAACCUUGCACGUUGAUGAAGACUUAAAAAAAAAUUUCUUUCCACCUGAAGGAUUUCGCAAAAUACUGCUAGAGCAAGGACCUGAAAAAUUUGCUAAGGCCAUUCGUAAUCAAGAAGGAUUGCUUUUGAUGGAUACAACAUUCAGAGAUGCUCAUCAAUCUUUAUUGGCUACACGUGUUCGGACUCAUGAUUUGCUUGCAAUAUCACCAUUUGUUUCUAAUAAAUUCAAUAAGCUUUUUGCUUUGGAAAAUUGGGGUGGUGCAACAUUUGAUGUAUCUCUUCGAUUUUUGCAUGAGUGCCCUUGGGAAAGACUAGAAAAUAUGCGAAAGCUAAUUCCAAAUAUUCCGUUUCAAAUGUUAUUGCGAGGAGCUAAUGCAGUCGGGUAUACAAACUAUCCAGACAAUGUUGUAUUCAAGUUUUGUGAGCUUGCCGUUCAAAUGGGAAUGGACGUAUUCAGAGUUUUUGAUUCGCUUAAUUAUUUACCAAAUAUUUACUUAGGAAUUGAGGCCGUUGGAGCAGCUGGUGGUGUAAUAGAAGCAGCUAUUUGUUAUACUGGAGAUGUUAGUGAUCCAUCUCGCAAAAAAUAUGAUUUGGAUUAUUAUGUAGAUUUGGCUUCAAAAUUAGUUGGAGCUGGUACACAUAUUCUUUGCAUAAAGGAUAUGGCAGGGCUCUUGAAACCAAGAGCGGCUUCCCUACUUAUAGAUUCAAUUAGACAGAAGUUUCCAGACGUUCCAAUUCAUGUACAUACUCAUGAUACAUCAGGUUCAGGCGUUGCUUCAAUGUUGGCUUGCGCAUAUGCUGAUGCUGAUAUCGUUGAUGUAGCUGUAGAUAGCAUGUCUGGUAUGACCAGUCAACCUUCAAUGGGAGCAAUAGUAGCUUCGUUGCAACAAACUAAAAAGGACACACUAUUAGAUUUAAGAGAUGUAUCUGAGUAUUCAGCUUUCUGGGAACAAACAAGGACCCUUUAUGCACCUUUUGAAUGCACAACAACAAUGAAGUCUGGCAAUGCAGACGUAUAUCUCAAUGAAAUUCCUGGUGGACAAUACACGAAUUUACAAUUCCAAGCAUAUUCACUCGGUCUAGGAGAAUUUUUUGAAGAUAUUAAAAAGGCUUAUAGAGAAGCUAACUUUUUACUAGGAGAUAUAAUAAAAGUGACUCCAAGCUCUAAAGUUGUUGGUGAUUUAGCUCAAUUUAUGGUUCAAAAUAAAUUAACAGGAAAAGAUAUUCUUGAGAAAGCCGAUGAGCUUUCAUUUCCCAAAUCAGUGAUUGAAUUCUUACAAGGAGCUAUUGGCGAACCUUAUCAAGGUUUUCCAGAGCCAUUUAGGUCUAAGGUAUUAAAAGAUAUGCCACGAAUUGAGGGACGCCCUGGUAAAUCUUUAGCUCCACUGGACUUUGAAUCUUUAAAGAAAAAAUUACAAAAUACUUACGAAGGAGUUUCUGAUAAAGAUGUGAUGUCAGCAGCUUUGUAUCCAACAGUUACUGAAGAAUAUCUCAAUUUCCGACAAGAAUUUGGACCAGUUGAUAAAUUAGAUACCAGAACAUUCUUAAUUGGACCAAAAAUUGGUGAAGAAAUUGAAGUCAUACUAGAAAAAGGAAAAAUAUUAGGAAUAAAGACAGUAGCAUUGGCAGAAGAUCUCACAUCUAAUGGUGAACGUGAAGUUUUCUUUGAAAUGAACGGUCAACUAAGAUCGGUUUUUAUAAAAGAUAACAAAGCUUCAAAGGAGAUGCGUAUUCAUCCUAAAAUAUCAAAAACUGAUGCUAAGCAAAUUGGUGCACCAAUGCCUGGAACAGUUAUGGACAUCCGAGUUAAAGUUGGUGAUAAAAUUGAGAAAGGAACAAGCCUCAUCGUUCUUUCCGCUAUGAAAAUGGAAAUGAUUGUUCAAGCGCCAGUAUCUGGUGUUAUCAAAGAAAUUUUUGUUUCUCAAGGAAUGAAACUAGAUGGAGAUGAUCUUAUACUCAUUUUAGAUUAAUAGUCUAAAAAUUUAAUAUGUCCUCUCUUCGAUAAUAAUAAUUUGUAUUGAUAACGUAGCUCUGUAUUUAUGUGGGUAUAAAAUCUUUUUUCACUACUUGAUAAUCUAUUUUAAAUGUUGCCAGAUAACUUUUUUUCACUUCAAUUACUGGGAUUGAAAAUUGUUUACAUUGUCAUAAGUAUGUAAUUUCAAAUUAAACGGAACAUUAUUUCAUCUUGAUUGCCAAAAUUACUAUUGAGUCCCUAAAAAUUUAGUAUAUAAAAACUAGAUACAACACUAAGUAAUGUUUGACAAUAAAAGUGAAAAAAAUUUA